AUGUCUACUCCAGACCCCAUUCUCACCACUUUGGGACUCUUCAUCAUCGACGACAAUAUCUAUCCUGAAUCAUGGCAAAGGGAGUCUGAACAUGACAUCAUUGGUGGUGGGGCUCUGUACGCCAUUGUGGGAGGAAGAAUAGCUUGUGGACCAGAACUAGGUCACAGAAUCAGCGGUAUCAUAGAUAAGGGAACAGACUUUCCACCACAGGUUGAAAGUGAAAUCAAGAGCUGGGGUGCUGGCCCUGUAUUCCGUGAAAAUCCAGAUCGCUUGACGACAAGGGGCGCAAACGUGUACCAGGAAAAUGGGAUUCGUUCGUUUGUUUACAGAUCGCCAAAGAAGAGGAUCGAGGACUUUGAUAUUGUCCAAACAGGCAAUUUGGUCAGGCUGAAGACGUUUCAUACGUGUUGUGCCAUUGACCGUUGUGGCACUAUAAUCGACCGGUUUAUUGAUGAGCUAAAGGGAAGUGGAGGUAGCCCACCGCUACACAUAUUCGAGCCAUUCCCAGAUGUAUGCGUUCCUGAGAACUACGAGGACCUUACGAAACUACUACCCAAGGUGCAUGUAUUCAGCCCCAAUCUUGAGGAAGCUGCUGGCUUUUUAGGUGAAGCAGUGCCUAGCACCGAGGAGGGGAUUGCCAAAUUAGCUGAACAGUUUGUCAAAUAUUCACCCAACGAUGGAGGAGUCGUUAUAAGAUGUGGAGCCCUAGGGUGCUACAUUAAAACUCAUAAUGAGGCGUUCAUGCUUAAGGCAUACCACGACGAUCAAGCUAAGGUGAAGGAUGUCACAGGUGGUGGAAACACAUUCUGCGGAGCCUUCAUGACGGCAUUCUACUUGUCCAACCAAAAUUGGCUCAUAGCAGGAAUAUUGGGCAAUAGAGCCUAA